CUCUCUCUUGCUUUUAACACCGAUUUCUCUCCUCGGUGCCACUCUCUCUCCUCAUUUCUCAACCUCUUGGAUCUCGCACAACUGCCAGGAAGAGCAAAGACAAAUAGUGAGGAGUCGCCCGUGAAGAAGAAGAAAGAAAAACGGUGACGAAUUGCCUGCCCAAUCAAGGAAACAUCAAUUUGGGCAAUAACAUACUUUUCACCUUCAUAAGACAAAGCGAGGAGUCACUUACCAUCAAUUGGCCAACUGUGCUUUGCACCUCACCGAGAAACGAAGAGUCGCCCGCCAAUGAAUGCAUGCGCUCACAUUUAUGCACGACAACGGGAGUCCCCCAAAGCCAGGAAGGGAGAAGAUUGACAGAGGAGACUUACUUGCUGAUCUACUUGAGGAAGAGGAGAGAGAAAAGGACGAAGAAGGCUCCAGCGACGAUUCUAACGAUGAUUCUAGCAAAGAUUUUUACGAUGAUUCAGACAAGUUUCACCACUAUAUCUCUCGCCGUGAAUAUGCCAGACUGUCUGACCAAAGAACCCCAAACCCCACCCACCCCACACCAUUUUCUUUGUUGAUGAUGAAGUUGAUGAUGUUGAUAAUGAUUUCUUCGAUGAUGAUCCACCCUCCCCAAUGCUCGACUGUUCGACUGAAGCACCCCCCUUUACUGAUGAUUUCUUCUUCCCGGUUGUAAUUGUUCUCGCUCCCUCCUUUUGUAAUUUUCCUAUAUAUAAAAGGAAAAUUUUAUAUAAAAUGAAUGAAAAUCAUCUUAUCUUUGACCUUC